AGAAAACAAGAACAAGUCAUCUUCAAGCAAACUUGAAGGCAGUGUGAAGCUGCUUUCUUGAGAAAGAUCCUUAAAUGUUACUGUCACUGUUUUUAUUCUUCCUAUUUAGGACUUUCAUCUGUGUCAUGUUUAGUGUGUUCUUUAAGGCAGAAGUUUCUUUUCAGCUGUCGUUGCUAAAUGUCCAACAAAUCUUCUGUAUUUGAAGGCAAGAGUUUCUAGAUACCUGUGCUGAAAAUCCAGGAGUAUCAAUUUGUUCUGUCUUCCAGAUCCCCUGUUAGGAAUUUUUAUCACAGUACCAAGAGCUUACUUUCCUUUCAGUACUGCAAAUUGUAUGUCUCUCUUUCCUUAUCUACCUUUCAGAAUGCAAUGACAGUGGGGUUUUGAGCUAUUAUAUUGGCAGAGUUCAACGUUUCAAAAUGCUGGAGAUUAUCUGGGUGAUGCUAGAGAUUACAUUUAAUGUGAUUUGUCUUCAGACAUUCUGCUCCCCCAUUUCAUGAACUAAAAGAUUUUAUAAAAAUGAAAUUGGAUAUCUUCACUGAUCUUCAAGUUCACCGUGUCCUGUGAAUUCAGAGGAGGCUCUCUGAAGGAGGAAUAGAGUCAUAACAUACGUGGACUUCUGUUGUUGCUCAAGAGUUUUCUUUUGUUAUAAAAGGCUAUCUGCAUGAAGAUGAGACUUCAUUUAAGAUAUGAUCUGUGUAAUUAGGUGAACAAGGAUACUUUUAAUGAAUUAUUAACAUCUAUUUCGGUCUGCUUCUCCAGCUUUUAUUUUUAAUAAAAAUGAAGAACAAGUAUAAAACAGCAGAGCUGAUGUGUUCCUGUGAGGCCUUUAUGUAAGCCUCUGUGUCUGGAUGUGGUGCUAAAGGACAGGCAGUCUUCUUUUGAUCAGCUGAUUGUAACUGCAGAAAGAGAACCUUUAAUUUAAAGUAACUUGCAGCUGUAAUUAUUUUACUUUUUGGCUUACACCGAAUGAAAGGGAAAUUUAAGUUUUACUGGUCAAGAGCAUUUUAUUGAACUAAGAAAGGGAAACUUACAUUGUUUUAAUUUCAAAACAAGAACUGAUAACGUAUUUUACUUAGAAUUUGACUACUAGGGAGGUCUCGGCAGAGUAAAGCAAGUCAGAUGUCAUCAAACGACUCUUCUCCCCCAUCCUUACAGAAGUUUUCCCCACCUACGUGUCAUGCUGCUGCACCACAGACCCCAACUUUGUCUUCAAGUCCCCAGUCGGGACUCUCCAGUCGACUCUCCAAUGGCAGCUUCAGUACCCAGAGCCUCACCAACUCCCGAGGCUCUAUGCAUGGGAUCUCCUUUCUUCUGCAGAUUGGUCUCACUCGAGAGACUGUCACCAUUGAAGCUCAGGACCUGUCCCUCUCUGCUGUUAAAGACCUCGUGUGCUCAAUAGUUUACCAGAAGUUCCCAGAGUGUGGUUUCUUUGGCAUGUAUGACAAAAUUCUCCUAUUCCGCCAUGACCUGAACUCAGAUAAUAUUUUGCAACGAAUUACAUCAGCAGAAGAGAUACAUGAGGGAGAUCUUGUUGAGGUUGUGCUCUCUGCUUUGGCUACAGUUGAAGAUUUCCAGAUUCGUCCUCAUGCACUUUAUGUGCAUUCCUACAAGGCUCCUACUUUUUGUGACUACUGCGGAGAGAUGCUUUGGGGUUUGGUACGACAAGGAUUAAAAUGUGAAGGUUGUGGCUUAAACUACCAUAAGCGAUGUGCCUUCAAGAUUCCAAACAACUGCAGUGGAGUGAGAAAGAGGCGCCUGUCUAACGUGUCUUUACCGGGAGCAGGGCUUUCAGUUCCAAGACCAGCACAGGCUGAACACACAUCCUCUGCCUCCGAAGAAGUAUGUAAUGUGAAAGGAGAAACGGUUUCUGUUUUAAAUUCUUUAACCUCUGGAGAACCAAAUAGUGUUCGUUGCUGCCCAGAACCUAGUAAGAGGAUUCCCUCUUGGAGUGGCCGCCCCAUCUGGAUGGAUAAGAUGGUGCUUUGCAGAGUGAAGGUCCCACACACCUUUGCUGUUCACUCUUACACUCGUCCCACCAUCUGCCAGUAUUGCAAACGGCUGCUUAAGGGCCUUUUUCGCCAAGGAAUGCAGUGCAAAGAUUGCAGAUUCAACUGUCACAAACGCUGUGCACCUAAAGUACCUCGAGACUGUCUUGGAGAGGUUAUCUUCAAUGGAGAACCUGCUAGCCCAGGUCAGGACUUGGAUAUGCCAAUGGAAGUUGAUAGCAGUGAAAUGAACAGUGAUGGUAGUCGAGUUCUAGAUGAUGCUGAGGAGCCCUCUCCUCCAGAGGACAAAAUCUUUUUUAUGGAUCCAUCUGACCUCGAUGCAGACAAAGAUGAGGAAGCUGUCAAAACAAUCAGUCCUUCAACAAGCAAUAAUAUUCCUCUCAUGCGAGUUGUGCAAUCAAUCAAACACACAAAGAGGAAGAGCAGUACAAUGGUGAAAGAAGGAUGGAUGGUCCACUAUACUAGUAGAGACAACCUGAGAAAAAGACAUUACUGGAGACUGGACAGCAAAUGCCUCACACUAUUUCAAAAUGAAUCUGGAACAAAAUAUUACAAGGAGAUUCCACUUUCAGAAAUUCUCCAGGUGACUCAGCCUCGAGAUUUUUCACACGUGGUGCAGGGCAGCAACCCGUACUGUUUUGAGAUCAUCACUGACACGAUGGUGUACUUUGUUGGCGAGAACAAUGGCAGCACUCAUCACAGUCCAGUUCUUGCUGCCUCCGGAGUUGGACUUGAAGUAGCUCAGGGCUGGGAGAAAGCCAUUCGCCAGGCCUUGAUGCCAGUCACUCCUCAGCCCAGCGUUUGCACUGCUGCAGGACAAGGAAAAGAUCACAAAGAAUUGUCCCUAAGCAUCUCUGUUUCAAAUUGCCAGGUCCAGGAGAAUGUGGAUAUCAGCUCUGUGUACCAAAUAUUUGCUGAUGAAGUACUGGGUUCUGGUCAGUUUGGUAUUGUAUAUGGAGGAAAACACAGGAAGACUGGAAGAGAUGUGGCUAUCAAAGUCAUUGACAAGAUGAGGUUUCCAACUAAACAGGAAAGUCAGCUUCGUAAUGAAGUAGCCAUUCUCCAGAAUUUGCACCACCCUGGGAUCGUGAACCUGGAAUGUAUGUUUGAAACCCCAGAACGGGUCUUUGUUGUGAUGGAAAAGCUGCAUGGGGAUAUGCUAGAGAUGAUUCUUUCCAGUGAGAAAAGUCGACUUCCAGAACGAAUAACUAAGUUCAUGGUCACUCAGAUACUUGUUGCUUUGAGGAAUUUACACUUCAAGAAUAUCGUGCACUGUGAUUUAAAACCAGAAAAUGUACUACUAGCAUCAGCAGAACCAUUCCCUCAAGUGAAGCUGUGUGAUUUUGGCUUUGCACGCAUCAUUGGUGAGAAGUCUUUCCGGCGCUCUGUGGUGGGCACUCCUGCGUACCUUGCCCCUGAAGUGCUCAGGAGCAAAGGCUACAACCGCUCCCUAGACAUGUGGUCAGUAGGAGUUAUUGUCUAUGUGAGCCUCAGUGGUACAUUCCCAUUUAAUGAAGAUGAGGAUAUCAAUGAUCAGAUACAAAAUGCAGCAUUUAUGUACCCACCAAAUCCUUGGAAGGAAAUUUCCAGUGAAGCCAUUGAUUUAAUAAACAAUUUGCUUCAAGUGAAGAUGAGAAAACGUUUCAGUGUUGACAAAUCCCUUAGUCACCCAUGGUUACAGGAUUAUCAGACUUGGCUUGACCUCAGAGAAUUUGAAACACGCAUUGGAGAGCGUUACAUUACCCACGAGAGCGAUGAUGCACGCUGGAAGGAACACGCUUACGAACACAACCUCGAGUACCCCCAGCACUUCAUUAUGGCUCCUAAUCCAGAUGAUAUGGAAGAAGACCCUUGAUUUAUUCACUACGCUAAAUUGCAGCAAAGAAGGCUACUCCAGGCAGAAACUGGAGAUAAGUUUUGGAACAGCUAUUGCUCUUUCCAAAUGCUGUACACAUAGUUUGGUGUGUAAAGCCCCAGAGGACCCUGCAUUGCCAUGGGAAUAGACUGUCUGGCAAGCUUUUCUGCAUCCCUGACUUUCUCUGAGUAGUUACUGGACAGUGGGAUACAAAGCCCUGUUGGGUAACAUUUCACUGAGCUGGGUGGCUACAAAGCCAUUACCGAGGUGUAGUGUGUACAGACUGAACGGUUUGUGUUUUUCAAGGGUUUUUGAUAUUUUCAUAGCCAAUGCAGUAAGAGUUUUUGUAAUAGUUUUCUAAUCCCUAUUUACUAGGUCAUAGAGGACUGUUUUCUGUUACUUAGAUACAUCUCCCAUUUCUCAAACGGUGGAUGAUGAAGCGACUCUAUAAAGAAAUCAGUACAGAAUACCUUGCCGAAAGCAAAACAUGGUGGUUUAGUUGAAUACAGUUUCAUAGAUGAAGGAAUAAUUUGCUGCUGUUUAGAUGGUUAAAUGUGUAUCUUGGCCUUAAUUGAACUUUCUACAGAUAGCAACAAAGGAAAAAAAAAAGGAAAAAAAGAAAAUCCCCAUAACUUCUUACAUUCCUCUUGAAAUGCUGGCUGACAGUCUAAGGAGAUGACAAUCAAAGCUGUGCUAGGCUUUUAUUUUGUCUGUUAAAAAAAGCAAUAAGCCACAACAGUGCGCUGCUGUGCAAGGCUGGCACAUCAUUGAUACACACCAAAGGCAUUUUGCCUUAAAACUACACAAGCAAUGCACAGAGAGCAUAGAUGACUUGAUAUAGCAUAUCCUUUCACUCUGGAAGACCAGCUUCUAGCAGAAGGAUGUGGAAAAAUAGGGAAAAAGACAUGCAGCUUUCUUCUGUCGUUUUGAGUAAUAAGAUUUAAAAUUUUUUCUGAUAUUUUUCUAAUUUUUUUAAGGUUCCCUGGAUUUACAUCAGGAGUAGUUUGUAGCCUGCUAGCUUGUUAUGUUAACUCUGCUCAAAACCUAGAAGUAACAGUGGAUACCACAUCACUUGUUGCUUCUGCCAGGGCAGCUGGAUUGUAGGAGAAAGGACUUUGUCUUCCCGCCUUAACCUGCAGCCCCUCCCAUCCUCUGUACUGUGCUCAGAACUGUUUGAGCUGAAUGAAGAGUCCAAAAGUAACUCCUAACUCAGUCUUUUCUGUGCACAUGCCUCAACUGAAGGAUUCCCAACCACUAACAGGACUUGUGGCACAAUAGAGGGGGAAACUGCAGUGCUCUUUGGAAAUUAUUCCCUUGAACAGUUCAAGUUAAUGGUAUUUCAAAGAACUUUGAGGCCGUAAUGCUAAAUGGAAAUGGAAGAAGGUUUUUUGGUCUUAUUUUAAAAAAUGAAAAGGGUGAAAUCUUUUUUUUUGUGGGAGUGUUGUGCUGCUGGAGGGUGCUGGAUGGCUGUAUGCAUCCCUGAUGUGCCAAGCUGCUUAACUGGAGCUUAGUUGGAAGUAUUUCUAAAAUACUGAUAUAUUUAGUAAUUCUAAAAUAGUGCCUUUGAACUGCAAAGGCAGUGACAGGCUUUAGGGUAUCUCCUCUCUCCUACAAAAAUUUUUCUGUAAUUGUUUGUAUGUAGGAUAAGUAUUUUUUUUCUACUGUUGUUAUUCAGGUAAGGAAACAGGUGAGCAGAUUUAUAAGUUGUUAGAUAUACCUAAAAUGUUACAUGGUUAGUUCAGAGCUGGCAGCUGCUUGCAGUAGCAGUGACCUGGGAGUGGUCAGUGGCAGCUGCAGAAUGAUGUGCCCACAGGUAGGUUUGGGUGUUUAACUCACUUUUGCUUUUCCCAUUGCCCUUUAUUUGUCUGCCACUGCAUUUCAUAGGUGUCCAUGUUGGCAAAGGCUGAGCUCUGGAUUCCUAACCCUGUUUAGGGAGGGUUUCAGGACUGAUUGUUCAAAGAGGCACUGCUUUUCAUCUCUGGAACCAGAGCAAUCACCUCUGACAUUGGUAGUUUGGUAUUUUCCCACUCUUGGCGAGAGAAAAGCAGUGCUGUUUUUCAACUUCCAGUGCUCAAGUGACCAAAUUUCAGUGAAGCCAUUGCUAUAUUCCAUCCUAACUGCAAUAUUGUAGAAACAUUUAUAUCUAAAAAACUGAACAUAUAGUUUGGUUUUAAACUUCACAUUUUUUAUUUGAGCUGUUAUUUCAGGUUUACCUGUGGGUUUGUUAUUUGUGUUGUUUGAAGGGAAGAAAUAAAGCAGCUCAGUCACUUCAAAAAGCACAACAGGAAUAGAGGAAGGAGGGAACAAUAAUGAAGUAGAAGACCUGGCUUUUGUCUCUCCCCAUGAAGUCUGCUCUGCUUCAAAAGGUUAUAUGAGCUAUUUAUUCUUCAAGUUAUAUUAAAAUAAAAAUAAUGCUGUUGGCCUCUGGAAGAGAUUGCCUGAUCAUAUGCAGACUUAUGGGGCCAGACAAUAGAAGCCACAAGCAGCUAGUAGUCAAGAAACCAAAAAAAUCAGACUUACAUUAUGAGUAAAUUUACUAGAGUAGUAAAAAUAGCUGAGUUUUUUAUUCCCUUUUUUCUACCUUUACUGCGGACUUUGACAGCAGUAGGUUACAGUGUUUAAUACCCUUUCCCCUAGAUGAAUUAAGUUGCAUUUGUUCAAGCAAUAGUGCUAUGGUGAUGCUAGAAAAAAGCUCAUGUAAAAUUUAUAGCCUCAAAAUGACACUGUCAAGUACUUUUAUAUUUUUAUACACCCCAUUGUUUGUAAAUAUCCUCUGGCAAGCUUGAAAAUAAAAUUUAUUUCCCUA